UGGCUUCCUGCCAGAGCCCAGAGUGAACACGCGGAUCCGUGAUCGGUGCGCCGUUUUUCUCCGAUCCGUGCAGGCCUUUUAAACUACGCCCACACCUCGCGAUUCAUGAUUCAGGAUUUACCCCGCUUUUAACACACCCCGAAGCCAACGGACGCGAAACGGACCGACGGAACCCGUCACAAAUCGGCGCCAGCGCUCCCGAAAUACCUUCACGCAGCUUCUCAUACGGGUCAUGACGCUGGAAGCGAUCCGGUACCGGUCCGGGUCUCUGCAGAUCCUUAACCAGCUGCUGCUGCCGCACGAGACCGUGUACGAGGAGAUCCGCUCGGUGCGGGACGGAUAUGAGGCCAUCAAGAGCAUGAAGGUGCGCGGCGCUCCUGCCUUGGCCAUCGUGGGGUGCCUGAGCCUGGCGGUGGAGCUGAGGGCGGGCGCUGGGGGCGAUGACCUCGUGUGCUUCAUCAGGGACUCUCUGUGCCACCUGACGUCUGCCCGACCCACCGCGGUCAACAUGGGCCGAGCCGCCCGCGAGCUCAUGGAGUUCACCGAGAACGAGAGCAUGGAGAAAAACACAGAGCAGCUGAGAGACAGCGUGAUUGGCUGGAUUGAGGAGAUGUUGGAGCGAGAUGUGAACGACAACAAAAAAAUCGGCAACUACGGUGCGCAGCACAUCCUGUCGGGCGUCCCGCGAGACUCCGUCACCAUCCUCACGCACUGUAAUACGGGCAGCCUGGCCACCGCGGGAUAUGGCACGGCUCUCGGAGUGGUGCGGUCGCUGCACACGCUGGGCCGCUUGAAGCGUCUGUACUGCACAGAGACCCGACCCUACAACCAGGGCGCCAGGCUGACGGCGUACGAGGCCGUGGCGGAGGGGUUCCCGGCCACCCUCAUCACAGACAGCAUGGCAGCGCUCGCAAUGAGGGAGAAGGGCAUCACAGCUGUCGUCGUCGGAGCAGACAGGGUUGUGGCCAACGGCGACACGGCCAACAAAGUGGGCACGUAUCAGCUGGCCAUCGCGGCUAAGCAUCAUGGGAUACCGUUUUACGUGGCGGCACCCAGCACGUCCUGCGACCUGAGUUUGGAGAGCGGACGAGACAUCGUGAUCGAGGAACGUCCAUCUGAGGAGCUCACCAGCAUCAAUGGAGUUCCUGUAGCCGCUCCUGGCAUCGAGGUCUGGAACCCGGCGUUUGACGUCACUCCUCACCAGCUGAUCACGGGUGGCAUCAUCACGGAGCUCGGCGUGUUCCUGCCGUCUGAACUGCAGGCCGCUCUGACGGGGAGACUCACCGCUCUGUAAGGAGCCGCUCACCGCCGGCGCGCUCCUAGUGUUUGCACCUCACUGUGGGGAAGUUACACCUUAAAUCAAACACACAAGCGUCGGCACCGAGGUGUUCGCAAGGUAUACAAGGCACGCUCCAUUCAAUUCAACACUUACAAAGUGGAAUAACACUAUGUGACACACACUUGUACAACCCAGGGAUGCUUGUAAACACACACACACACACACACACACGUUCUCCUUCUCUCUGAGUGUACAGCUCAUGUCACAUCAUCUCAUGUCUUUUGUCUUCAUCGUUGUGAAAACUUUGGUCAUUUGUUCCCUUUUCCACUCGUUUCUUCCCCUCUAUCUGGCUCAGCUCCAGUUUUUAACAGGAAGUGUUUCACAGAGAUGUUAAACGGUGUAGAUCAUUCAGAGUAUUUCAAAAUAAAAGUCUUGUACUAAA